AGUCCUUCCGAGUCCGUCAUGGUGGCGAAGAGGAGGAUUGUUUGCCCGUGCUUUACAGACUACCGCGUGGACGGUCCUCUUCCUUUUAUGUUUCGCGUUCGCAGCCUAGUAUAUAAGCUGCUCUGUAUAUCGUCGUCCAAGUCUCCCCGUCUCCCUAGCACCAUAUUGCGUUGCAAUUAUUUCAGCACGCGUCCGAUGGCUUUUCAAGCACCUCUCGACAGGGCUGCAGGCCCCCUAGUAUGGAUCGACUGUGAAAUGACCGGACUGGAUCACAAGAAGGAUAAGAUUAUCGAGAUUGCCGUUCUGAUCACAGACGGUAACCUGCAGGUUGUCGACGAAGGCAUCGACUACGUUGUGAGAACGGAAAAGUCCAUUCUGACUGGAAUGGAUGAAUGGUGUACCAAAACGCACGGCGAGGAGUCAGGUCUUACCCAGGCAUGCUUAACGUCGCAAUGGACCCAUGACGUUGUCAGACAAAAAGUACUGUCCUAUAUUCAAAAGUGGGUGCCCUACAAUACAGGCGUACUCGCUGGCAGUUCCGUCCACGUAGAUCGCCUGUUCCUCCUUGAACAAAUGCCAGAAGUGAUCAACUGGCUUCGCUAUCGAAUCGUAGAUGUAUCCUCUGUCAAGGAACUUUCACAUAGAUGGUACCCGGGCCUUAGGGAUCGGCAGCACGAAACCACCCACCGUGCUUUGGAUGAUAUCAAAAGUUCUAUUGAAGAGCUGAAGAGGUAUCGGACCCUCAUUUUCAAUCCGUCUCCUGCUAUUGAGGUUCAAUCAACUUCGACGUCAAAUUCUAAAUAAUUCUUGGAGGCGGGUUGCUAAGUAUAUAUUGUACAGAGUGGGUAUGGAUGCGAUAUGGAUGCGACGCGUGUACAAUAUCAUGUUAGUGUGAUGAACGACUUUUAAGUGAUCAGGCCCUUUAUCCUGCCUCUCACGAC